AUGCCCGAGUCCACCGAGGAGGAAGAUAACUCGACCGGCGGGGUGGAUUUCUCGGAGUCUGACGACUUCGAGGUGGUGACGGCUGUGAGCCCUCCGCCGGCCCCGCAACGGGCCAGCGUCGAGGCCUCGGCGUCAAUGUUGGGCAAGAGAAGGCUCGCGCCAGCGAUGCUGGGCGAGGGGAGGCUUGCGCCGGCGACGCUGGAGAAGGCUCCCGCUGCCGAUCCGCCCACGCCGGCGACGGGACGAGGGUCGCCCGUGACGGCGAUGGAUCAGAAGUCUCCCGAGCCUGCGGCGGGUAGGGGAUCACCCGCGCUAGCUGCAGGACAGAGGUCACCCACGCUGGCUGUGCGCAGGGAUUCAGCCACGCCAGCGGCGGGACAGGGGUUGCCCGCGCCGGUGGCAGGCAGGAUGUUCGCAGCGAGAGCGGAGACCCUCGGGUUGACAGCCCCGAGGGUACAAGGCGACCGAGGGGCGACGCCCCUGGGCCUGUUGCUGGGAAGCGGCAGCGUGCCGCGAGGCCAAAGGAGCGGCAAGUCCCCUGUUGAUUCGUUGCUCUCCCCUGCUUGGUCCAGCCACAGGGCCGCUACCAAGGAUUCAGUCCACCUUGCGCUGACCAAGGCCCUCAAGAAUAGGGCGAGAGCGAUGCCGCAUUCGGCGCCGCAGCCUCCGUCCGGAGGGUCCCAGACUCUAGAGGCGGCUGCCGCGACGUUCCGGGAGGCGGUGGCCCGGGGGGCCCAAUUGGCCCAGAAGGCCCGAGCGCAAGAGGGAGAGAACGACGCCGACCAGAGUGGUGCAGCAGCGGCCGCUCGGGCAGACGCCGAAGAGGAGGCCAGCCAGGGUGGCAUGGAGGACACCGCCAGGCCGGAUGCCGAAGUCGAGCCCGGCCAAGGCGACGCAGAGGAUGCCGCCCGGCCAGAAGCCGGGGACAACGCCGGCCGAGGCGGUCCCGGUGAUGCCGCCCAGCCGGGAGCAGCAAGAGGAGGAGGAGAGACUGGCAGGAAUGCUUUGGAGCACCCCACUAGCCAGGAGAAGGGAGAGACCCUCGCCCCUGAGCCCACGAGGGCUGGGGUCGAGGGUACCACAGCGGCGGCCAUGGCGCAGACGGCGCCCGUGGUGCAGGUGCCGGUGGAGGAAACGCCGGCGGCGGCGUUAUCGGCGGAAGCGUCGUCAGCAGCGGAGGCACCAACGGCGGUGGGGACGCCAGCGGAGGGCCCCCGAGGAGCCAUCAUCGCCGCCGCUGCCGUUGCGUCCGCGUCCGAGGGUGGCGCCGACAUCUGGGUGCCCAGGAGGUCCGUGCGCGAGGGGACUUUGGCGGUGGUCAAGCCUGGGAUCCCCCUUCGACCGCAACGAGCGGACAGAGAUCGAGGCCUGGGAGGGAUUUGA